AUGGAGCAACGCAGAGACUCAAUCUGUAAGAUACAAACUCCCACAGGAGGUGGGUCUGUCGCACCUCUAGCAUGUGCGCACCCAACAGGAGCCAUCCAUGUUCCCGCUAAUGGUGGUGGUGAUGGUGAUGGUGAUGGUGAUGGUGAUGGUGAUGGUGAUGGUGAUGGUGAUGGUGAUGGUGACGGUGAUGGUGACGGUGAUGGUGACGGUGAUGGUGACGGUGAUGGUGACGGUGAUGGUGACGGUGAUGGUGACGGUGAUGGUGACGGUGAUGGUGACGGUGAUGGUGACGGUGAUGGUGACGGUGAUGGUGACGGUGAUGGUGACGGUGAUGGUGACGGUGAUGGUGACGGUGAUGGUGACGGUGAUGGUGACGGUGAUGGUGACGGUGAUGGUGACGGUGAUGGUGACGGUGAUGGUGACGGUGAUGGUGAUGGUGAUGGUGAUGGUGAUGGUGAUGGUGAUGGUGAUGCUCAUGGUGAUGCUCAUGGUGAUGCUCAUGGUGAUGGUAAUGGUGAUGGUAAUGGUGAUGGUAAUGGUGAUGGUAAUGGUGAUGGUAAUGGUGAUGGUAAUGGUGAUGGUAAUGGUGAUGGUAAUGGUGAUGGUAAUGGUAAUGGUAAUGGUGAUGGUAAUGGUGAUGGUAAUGGUGAUGGUAAUGGUGAUGGUAAUGGUGAUGGUGAUGGUGAUGGUGAUGGUGAUGGUGAUGGUGAUGGUGAUGGUGAUGGUGAUGGUGAUGGUAAUGGUGAUGGUAAUGGUGAUGGUAAUGGUGAUGGUAAUGGUGAUGGUAAUGGUGAUGGUAAUGGUGAUGGUAAUGGUGAUGGUAAUGGUGAUGGUAAUGGUGAUGGUAAUGGUGAUGGUAAUGGUGAUGGUAAUGGUGAUGGUAAUGGUGAUGGUAAUGGUGAUGGUAAUGGUGAUGGUAAUGGUGAUGGUAAUGGUGAUGGUAAUGGUGAUGGUAAUGGUGAUGGUAAUGGUGAUGGUAAUGGUGAUGGUAAUGGUGAUGGUAAUGGUGAUGCUAAUGGUGAUGAUGGUGAUGGUGAUGGUGAUGGUGAUGAUGGUGAUGGUGAUGGUGAUGGUGAUGGUGAUGGUGAUGGUGAUGGUGAUGGUGAUGGUGAUGGUGAUGGUGAUGGUGAUGGUGAUGGUGAUGGUGAUGGUGAUGGUGAUGGUGAUGGUGAUGGUGAUGGUGAUACAAUUUACAGAUAA